AUGGCGCCCUUGAUCCUACACAACGUUCCGGACGAGGAACGAUAUAUAGGCGAUGAUGGCGUCGUUCGCCCCUAUGCCAUGCUAUUUCCCACUCAGGAUCAGGCGCCUCUUCGCGCCCGCAGAGCCGCUGCCGAAAAGGGGUCCUUCGGCAAGUCAACAAGGAGAUCGCGCUCCAAGACCGGCACGCCUGCGCGUCGGGAAGAUCCGACCGUGGCCGCAGCCGAUGCAGUAUUCGGCGCCUGGAAAGAGCAGCAGUCGAAAGAUGGGGGGAAGAGCACAGCUACAACGCCUCAGCGCUCGUCAAGCAUGCUUCCCACAUCACAGUCGCAACCCAUCCUGCCGACCCAGGGCCUCGACGACUCCAGUACGACAGCACCAACCCGCGCGCCGCAUAAGGAGCCGACGGAGGUUUUGCUGCGGGGAUACCGGUCAUCGAAGCAGCAGUAUGCUGCCAUCAACCACUACGAGGAACUCGCGGGGCGCAUCUGCGAAGACUACGCGCGCGAUCCCCCAAUCGAGAACCGGCGGUACAAGUCUGAGCUGCGGGACCCAGCGUACACGCGACGCAAGCCGCUGACGCCGGAGGAGAGGGUCAAGGUCAACAGGGCAGAUGGCGGCGAGCACUGGGUCAAGGUCACGUUUGAAUCGGUGCAAGCAGCAGACGCGGCUAUAUUUUCGUCGCCUCAGAAGAUCUUGGGACAUCUGGUGUACGCUGACCCAUAUCACGGCCUGCCCCCCGUUCGCGAUGAAGCGAUCCCGGACCCAGUCACUGCUGCUGGCGAGAUAUUUGCCGCUGCAUUCAGAUCGGAAGAUUCGCACCAGUCCCGCUCCCUGCGCGGUCUUCCACCGCGCGGACCCCCGCGACCUGCGGAGGGACGUGGACAGCCCGCCACUCUGCCCAAGUCCUUCACCACGACAUCGCUGCCAACAGACCUGGACAUGUCGCCUCCUCAGUCGCAAACUUCGUCAUACACCCUUGACACUGCCACCGCAACCAUGGGUACCGACUCAUUGACUGCGUCCUCGGCUACCAUCACAGGCACGGCCGUCAAACAGUCCACUCCUCAAGACGAUGACAUCUAUUGCAAGACCAUCCCGACGGUCCGGAGAGCCAAGCUGAUCUCGGCUGAGCAAGCGCUUCUGCCGCAGACAUCCUACACCCAGCGGAUACUGAACAUGAUCCCGUUCCUCAAAUGGUUCAGUGGCUCCAUGAUUGGCGAUCAAGUGCCCAGGAACGAUAACGGCGAGUUUGACUGGGACAAGGCGAGUCUGUACUGGAAGUUCAUCUGCUGGCUCGACUCGACCUUCGGACUCUUUGGUGGAGAGAUCCUGAACGCGGACAAGGAGGAUUAA